AUGCCAAAGAGCCAACAGGAAGGAGUCUGCAUCCAUAUUACUCAGCAGAUCCAGAUGGACACAGUGGGUGAUAGGAUGUUUUGGAUCCAGAACUAUGGGAUCCCACUCUUGUAUUCCUUGUACACACAUGACUGUGUGGCAACACAUAGCUCCAAUGCCAUCAUUAAGUUUGCUGAUGACACGACAGUGGUAGGUCUGAUCACUGACAAUGAUGAAACAGCCUACAGAGAGGAGGUGCACACUCUGACACACUGGUGUCAGGAGCACAACCUCUCCCUCAAUGUCAGUAAGACAAAGGAGCUUGUGGUGGACUUCAGAAGAAAAGACAGAGAACACAGUCCCAUCACCAUCAAUGGAGCACCAGAGGAGAGAGUCAGCAGCUUCAAGUUCCUGGGUGUCCACAUCACUGAGGAACUCACAUGGUCCAUCCACACUGAAGUCGUUGUGAAGAAGGCUCAUCAGCGCCUCUUCUUCCUGAGACGGCUGAGGAAGUUUGGAAUGAACCGCCACAUCCUCACACGGUUCUACACCUGCACUGUAGAGAGCAUCCUGACUGGCUGCAUCUCCGCCUGGUACAGCAAUAGCACAGCCCACAACCGCAAAGCACUGCAAAGGGUGGUGUGAACUGCCAGACACAUCAUCGGAGGUGAGCUUUCCUCCCUCCAGGAAAUAUAUACCAGGCGGUGUGUGAAAAAAGCUCGGAGGAUCAUCAGAGACUCCAGCCACCCGAGCCAUGGGCUGUUCUCACUGCUACCAUCAGGCAGGCGGUAUCGCAGCAUCAGGACCCGCACCAGCCGACUCCAUGAUAGCUUCUUCCCCCAAGCAAUCAGA